ACCUACCUACCUACCUCGUUCCCCUCAAGCACGCUCCCGUCUAACAUCUGAUACCGCACAAUGUCGGAAAUCCCGCGUCACUCGGGUGCCCUCUACACUCCACCCGUUGCUCAUCCCCCUCCGCCGAGUGGGCUGCGUUGGAACCAACAAAGACGGUCAUCAUCCCUAUCGUCAGGCCCAUCACGACGAAGCUCUGGAAAAGGAAGAAGAAGUGCCCUCAUUGCUAGGGCUAGCAGGUUACAGAGAUGGGCCCACAAAAGGUUCAAUAAGAUGACCUUGACACAAAAGAUCCUUGGAUCACUGGUGCUCUUGGUAAUGGGGACCACGGCUAUACUGGGGUUGAUUUUCCAUGCGAAGAUAUUACACGCUAUGCUGCCGCUCGCUGCGAAGCUUAGGAGCUGGAAGGUUGGGUGGCUGCUUAUAUUUGCUCUUUGCUUCGCUUCAGCUUUUCCACCGAUGAUCGGAUACUCAACUUCGGUGACGCUUGCUGGGUUUGUUUACGGGUUUCCUAAUGGUUGGUUUAUAAUCGCUUCUGCCACGGUAAUAGGUGCUACCUGCGCGUUCAUAGUAUGUCGAUACUACAUCCAGGACUUUGCAAAGCGCAUGGUGGCCACCGAUAAGCGCUUUGCUGCCCUUUCUCUCACACUCAAACAUGAUGGGAUCAAAUUGCUGUGCAUGAUCCGGUUAUGCCCCUUGCCAUAUUCAAUCUCUAAUGGCGCUAUGUCGACGUUUCCAACCGUCAGUCCGCUGAGCUUCAUGGUUGCGACGGCUGUGGCGACACCGAAGUUGCUGAUCCAUAUUUUCGUCGGCGCUAAAUUGGCUGAACUGGCUGAGGAGGAGGGCAAGAAGAUGGAUUUGAAGACAAAAGCCUUGAACUAUGGAAGCAUUGUUGGAGGUGUUUUUCUCGGCAUCAUCACCGGGUGGCUGAUUUAUAAACGCACCAUGUUUCGAGCGAAACAACUCGAGGCAGAUGAGCGUGCACGGAUCCGCGCACCCGCUGGGCAAGGCUUCACAGAUGUCGAGGAUCCGGACGCUGAGGCAGCCGCCGGUCUCGUUGAGGAUCUCAUUGAGGGUGGGUAUCCAGAUUCGGUCGACGAUGACGAGUCCGAGGAAGGUGAUGCUCUCCUGAAUAGUGAUGAUGAGGACCCUGGAUUUGGAAUGGAGGAUAGUCUGGAGCUUGAGAGGAAUGAUACCAAGGGGCACUCUCAAGCGCCGCCCAAGGGUCCUAUCGCUCUAUAG